AGUUUCUUUAGCUGCUGCCAAGGAACAGCUUGCAAAUGAAACCUUACUGAAGGUGGAUCUCGAAAACCGUUGUCAGAGUCUCAUUGAGGACUUGGAAUUCCGUAAAAAUAUGUAUGAGGAGGAAAUCAAUGAAACAAGAAGGAAACAUGAAACUCGCUUAGUUGAGGUUGAUUCUGGGCGUCAAAUUGAAUAUGAACAUAAACUUGCCCAAGCCCUUUGUGAAAUAAGAGAGCAGCAUGAUGCACAAGUGAAGCUGUACAAAGAAGAGCUUGAACAGACUUACCAUGCCAAACUUGAGAAUGCUAGACUGUCCUCUGAGAUGAGCAAUUCUGCAGCCAACUCAGUAAGAGAAGAACUGAAUGAAAGUCGUAUACGAAUUGAUAAUCUGUCUUCUCAUCUCGCCAGCCUUCAGAAAGAGUCUAGAGCAUGGCAAGACAGAGUGCAAGAGCUUGAGGACAACUUGACCAAGGAACGGGAAAACUGUUGCAAAAUACUGUUCGAGAAAGAGAAGGAAAUGGCAGAGAUAAGAAAUCAGAUGCAGGAGCAGCUGAAUGACUACGAACAACUUCUGGAUGUUAAACUGGCACUUGAUAUGGAAAUCAAUGCAUACCGGAAAUUGCUGGAGGGUGAAGAGGAGAGGUUGAAACUUUCUCCAAGCCCAUCUUCCCGAGUCACAGUUUCACGGGCUUCAUCAAGCCGUAGUGUGCGUACAACCAGAGGGAAGAGGAAGAGGAUUGAUGUGGAGGAAUCUGAAGCCAGCAGUAGUGUUAGCAUUUCCCACUCAGCUUCUGCCACUGGAAAUGUGUCUAUUGAGGAGAUAGAUGUUGAUGGAAAAUUCAUCCGCUUGAAGAACACCUCUGAACAGGAUCAACCUAUGGGAGGUUGGGAGAUGAUCCGAAAAAUAGGAGACACUUCUGCUAGUUACAGAUAUACCUCAAGAUACAUACUAAAGGCAGGCCAAACUGUUACAAUCUGGGCUGCAAAUGCUGGAGUAACUGCUAGCCCUCCCACUGACCUCAUCUGGAAGAACCAGAAUUCUUGGGGCACUGGUGAAGAUGUGAAAGUUGUACUGAAAAAUUCUCAGGGAGAGGAGGUUGCUCAGAGAAGCACUGUCUUUAAAACAACUAUAUGUGAAGGGGAAGAGGAGGAAGUUGAGGAAGAAGCAGCUGAAGCUGUGGAUGAAGAAGACCUUUACCAUCAGCAGGCAGGCCCAAGGACAUCUAACAGAAGCUGUGUGAUCAUGUAAACUUCCAGUCAGCCGGGUUCUUCAAGUCAUGGUAAUCCUUGCCUACAGAAGAGAGCCUUCUCAGAAGCACAACGUAUUUUUGUACUUUCUGUAUGUGAAUUUUUAUGCUGCGAGUCUGAUGGCCUUAAUUUCCUUUGCCAAUGAAAAGGAAGUUUUGUAAAAGAAGUAUCUGUAAUUUUCUCGCAGGAUGUGAAUUGUUGACUCUGAAAAAUGUACUGUUUGAAAAAUGAUGUCCCUGUCUCCCAGAUUUAUAUGCCAGUCUUUUUUUUUUUUUUUAAUUGAAACUUUGCUGGAAUAGAAAUAUUCCACUGUUUUGGGGAUCAAUUUUCUUAGAUUAUACCACUCUAGACUAGUUAGUUGCUGUUGACCUCUUUAUAUUUAGGUGCUGUUGGGGAAGGGGAAGACAUUUUCGAUACUAUGAACUCUUUUAUACUGAGACUUUUUUUUCCUACAGCGCAAUCAAGGCUAUAAAACUUUUUUUAAUAGAAAACAGCUUU